ACAACUUUGCCCUGAGCGACACCGAUAGGGCCCACUUGGCGUUCCGAAAGGCUUGCAGCCUCCCUAAGCAGAUCAAGUACGUGAUCGCUACUCUAGAGGGCGAUGCACACUCCAUUCGACACGAGAUGUGCCACGCCAGGUACUACCUGGAUCCGCCGUACAGAGAUACGGUCAUGAAGGUCUGGACCGAUGCGCUCACCCCCUCGCAGCGCGCCUCCGUCACCGCCUUCCUGACCCGCCUCAAGUACGCCCCCUGCGCGCACCUGGACGAGUGGCAAGCCUACCUGGUCACGGAGAAACCCAACUUCUUCGGAAUGGACCUGGGGGAGGCACAAAAGCAGCUGGGGGCUUCCUUUCCCCCGGGUAGCUGGCGUUGAGGGGCCGUACGGCGCUGGCACGCUGCCUUGCUGCAGAGGGCGGUACGGGGAGCAUCGGAU